GGUAGUCUUGUUAAGUUGUUUUAGUACCACAUUUUUUGUAGGGAGUUGGCGUUUUUCUCGUUAGAGUAAUAGAUUGUGUCAGUAGUCAGUUACAACUUACAAACAUUUGCAACUUUAUUGAUUACAAUUUACAACAAGUACAACCUGGUGUAAUGUGGUUAGGCUAUAACUCACAUACCUGCCUAUUGCGUAUUUUGAUAAAUAUUAUUGAUGUUGAGACUUGAGAUUCGCUCAAGUCAUAUGUAGAUUUUUAAGAAAAAUAUCUUAAAAGACAUCGAAAUUCGAAAUGGUUGUUUCACCACAAAGCCCCGCUAGUGAAACCCAAAGUCUACCUUCAAAAACGAACAGUAUAGCUACAAAGCCAUCGCAGUCUGUAGCUGAUACCAGAGCUGAAUUAGCCGAAUUAGUAAAAAGGAAAACUGAAGUAGCUGAAACGUUGGCAAAUUUAGAAAGACAAAUUUAUGCCUUUGAGGGAUCUUACUUAGAAGACACCCAGCUGUAUGGAAACAUUAUAAGAGGGUGGGACAGAUAUCUUACUACAAAUAAAAGUACAAACUCCAAAGCAGACAAGCGUAAUAGAAAAUUUAAAGAAGCCGAGAGAUUGUUUUCUAAAUCUUCUAUCACUUCUAUGGCUGCUGUUAGUGGCUUAGUAGAGACUGGGGAGACAAAAAAUGAAAGAAACAGUGAAAUUGAAUCACAAACUAAUGAAGACUCUUCAGACACCCAAAUAAGUACUGGUGUGAGCAUUGGCUCCUUGAAUCAUACCACUAUACAUGGAUCCACUGAAAGCCUAGCAUCAAAGCCAUCUGGGAAACAGCAAACUAAUGGCAAUGUAGAUAAAUUAGAUAGAUUGAUUUCAAAACAAAAUUCUUCACAAAAACUUACUUCUAAUGUAUUGCAAAAGUCAUUCUCUAGUGACACUAAAAUAAUUUCUGGAAUUGGUGUUGAUAGCCGACCAGGAACUCCAAAGGAUAAAGAUAUCAAUUUGAGUAUGUUAAACAAAGGAGACACAACACCAAAUUCUUUAAAACAUAAAUUAUCUAACAGCAGUAGUAAUAGUAAUGUUAAGAAAAACAAUAACAAAAAAGCAAAACUUCGCUAAAAUAAGAAGGUUGGAAAUUAUAAACAGUAAACAAAUAAAAAACCAUUUCUAAAUUCCAAAUAUAUAAUUGAUAUAAAAUUAAGAUUAUUCUUUUUAAAGAUUUUAAUCACUUCUUCUGUUUAUAGACCUCAAUAUAGACUGCUUAAAUCUGGAUUCUGCAAAAACAAGAGUGUUAAAAAUUAUUAUUAAUUCCUGAAGAAGACAAAUCUUGUGAAUUUGCACACAAUUAUUAGUUUAAACAAAUAUUUUCUGUACUUGAUUCAGAGUGUUUCUGUACAUUCUUUAUUAUAUUAUAAGUUUAGUAAAAGUGUAUAUUUUUAUCUAAACAUACUUGUUUAUAAAAUUUAUCUUACAAUAGAAAAACUUAGAAAUCAACCCUUUUCAUAUGAAAAUUUGCAAUAGCAUAAUAUAUGACAAUUUUAAAAAUAGUUUCAAUUUACUACUUUCACUGUUAUUACUAAAAUUGAGUUGUACAUGGUCAAGGAGGUGGGAGGCUCCUUUGCACAGGAUUUGUGUACCUCAAUGGCACCUAUUUCUGAUGUGAUACAUUGUAAUGGGCAGGGUGUUACAACAACUACCAGGUGAAUGUCCUGCCUGUUUUUACAUGUUAGUGACCCUGACUACUAAGCUAGGGAUCCCAGGUAAAUGCAAACAUAUAAAUGAUGACUUGAUGUUUAUGUGUAUUUAUAUGGGUAUAUGUAUAUUGCAUUAAAAUAUAUUGUUGUUGUGCAACUAUGGUACAGGCUAUACCUAGUAUGAGGCGUCAUAAUGUGUGUUACUGUGUAGCAAUUACGAAAACAGUUAACAGAUAUAAAACAUGGCAGUAUUUCUGACCCUUUAAAAUAGUGCAUCUAAAACUAUUCCUAAGAAGGCAGGGAUAACAAACUGUACCUGGUCUUGGAUUCAUUCAGUUAGGAGAGUAUGAUUGGAUCCUGGUUGGACACCAUUUUAAAAACGGAUGUAACAAGGAUUUAAAUAUUAUAAAGUCGUGCAGACAUCAAAUGUCAGUCGUCAUGCAAAGGGGAGUCGGUUAGUUUUAAAUAUUGCCUUUUUGUUGGAUGGUAUCCUGUGGUGGUUUUUUAAUUUUCCUUAUAUAUUCAUUAUUUUAACGACUAUUUUUGACUCUUCUUAUAUAAAAUGUGUAUGUGCUAGUGCCUUUCUUAUUUUAUUUUUAAUUUGUGGGAGUCGUAAAUAUUUAUGUCUAGUAAAUUAAAGACAGGAUGAAGAAAUGAUUGAAUACCUAACAAGACAUCUAAAAUAUGUUCACUUCAAUUUAAAAAUGAAGGUUCCAUUUAGCCAAGAAGAAAUUCACAAUGCUAUUAGAUAGAUGCUAUAGAGCACAGUACAAAAUUAUUGUACCAAGAGCAUCAAUUUUGUUCAUUGACAUACUUAGACUGGUCUUAAAUAACAAAAUAUUAGAUUUUAAUUUCGAAUCUGUCAUUUUUGUAUGAUUUUUCAUUGAGUUUUCUCAUUUUGGCGCCAAUACAUUAUACAAUAUUUUUUGAUAUUAAAAUGGAGUGUGGUGAUAAAGAGAACCCAAUCGCUUGCAUUACACAAAGUAGGUAUGGAGCCAAAUGCAACUCUCCAUACGCUUGGUAUUAGUAAAAUGUUUAUGUGUUUCGGGCUAUUAAUACGUACAAUGAGACCUCUGUUUGUGACGGAAAAAGAUUUGGCCGUCCACGUAGUGUACGUACGAAAAAGUUGGUCAAAGCAGUAAGGGAAAUAAUUCGAAAAAAUCCUGUCCGAAAGCAAAAGAUUUUAUGUUGGGAGAUGGAGAUAGAACCGUGUCGCAUAUUUUAAAAGAUGACUAAGGACUUGCAGCCUAUUUCUAAUCUGAUAAUUUAAAACAGAAUAGUAUUGUAAAAUCGAAACAACUAGCUACUGAAGCGGUCCGCAAAGAGAGGUCACAGAAAAAUUUUGUUCACGGAUGAGAAGUUUUUUAAAAUUGAACAACAUAUUAAAAAACAAAAGGACCUAAUGCUCAAAGCUCUAAGGAAGCUUCCCAAUUAGUCGACAGAGUGCAAUACAAUACAAAUUAUUGCAUUAGCUGCAGAAUUAUUGUAAUUCAAAAAACACUCGAAACUCACACUUUUAAGUAAAUAUAUUCGAAAAUGUUAUUGCUAAUGUAAUUGUAAGUAACUGUAUUUUUUAUACAAGUUUUUUGUUUAAAAAAUUACAUUUUUUAAUAAUUUAAUUAA